AUGGGUGUGCUGCUGCUCGAAGCCCGCUGCGAGGCGAGGGGAGGCUGGAGUGAUGGAUCCCAGCGACGGAUGCCAUUCAUGUGGCACAAGCAUUUCCAUCAGAGCAUAUUCCUGAGUGGGCUCACCUGCUGGCAGGCUGUUGGUGCUGUGAUACUGAGUGGCUGGAGCAUGGAAGAAUAUAGACACAGAGAAACAGGGGCUGGUCUCAGACCUGGGAGUGAAGCCGAUUUUAGCUCCUCAAGCAGCACAGGCAGUAUUUCAGUGCCUGAAGUCCGUAUGUCUGCUGCCGGAGGCAAAAGAUCAUCUUUUUCUCGCAAUCGUGGCCCUUAUGGUCGGAAUAAUGGAUCCUUAUCCUCCAAGCCUGGAGCCAACUCACCUGCUCCCUGUGAAAAGGACCUUUUGUCAACACUGCACAAAACCCAGCCGUCCCCUGCUAACAUCCAUCAGAGUUACAGGGGUUCUUCAGCCAGCAGCAGCAACUCAGGUUCAUACAAAGGAAGCGACAGCAGCCCAGUGAUGAGGCGACCAGGGAGAUACUAUUCUUGUGGUGACAAGCCGCCAAAUCCAGAGCAGUAUUUGACUCCUCUGCAGCAGAAGGAAGUUACCAUACGGCAUUUGAAAACAAAGCUGAAGGAAUCUGAGAGCAAACUUAAAGAAAGGGAAACAGAAAUAGAAGAGCUCAAAGCUCAGCUGGUUCGGAUGAGGGAAGACUGGAUCGAAGAAGAGUGUAAUCGUGUGGAGGCAGAGCUGGCCUUAAAGGAAGCAAGAAGCGAAAUUAAACAACUCAAGGAGGUUAUUGAAACUAUGAAGAACAGCUUGGCUGAGAAAGACAAAAAAAUUCAGGAAUACUUCACAGACAUAAACAUCCAAAACAAGAAACUGGAAUCUUUGCUGCAGAGCAUGGAAGUGGCUCAGAACAGCUCUGUGAGGGAUGAAGAGUGCCUGGAGUAUACAUGUGACUCGGAGGUGAAGUCAGCAUUGUAUGCCACAGCGUCAGACAGCCUCAUCACAGAAGACCAAGCUCUGGAGGAGAUGGCAGAUAGUGGGAUGCUUCUUAGUGACAACAAAGCUAAUGUGACUGAUUCAUCUGAAGAGACUUUGACUGUCGCAACUUCUGACUUGACUGGUCCAGCUCGCUCCAGUUCUGCUGGGAAUAAAGGGAUGCUGGAAACUGUUCUGGAUGAAAAACUGACUUCUUCCCAGGAGCAGCAGAAAAGCAGCAAAGUGAUGGUGGAACAGGCCGUCCAGACUGACGUGGUGCCAUAUAGCCUAGAUGUGGAGCAGCUCCUUCAAAACAUCUUCAGAGCUCAAGAUGCCUGUCCUGGUCUAAACCCACCUGCUUCACUGAAGGAAUUGCGUGCACUUUCUCUUGGGAGAUUCAGUGAUUCUGGUAUCAUAAUGGACUUAACUCCAAGUGAUCCAAACUCUGCCAUCCUUUUGUCUCCUAUGGAGUCUCCAUGCACGAAGGUGGAGCACGGAGUUAAUGAAAACCGUUUCAUGAAAGAACUUGAUUUUACAGACCCUCAUGAUGAUGAAGGCUCUGGGUAUGUCAAUGCAUUGUCUCAGACAGGAAUGAAGAAGAGAUACUGGAGCAGCAGCCUCCUCAGAGAUGUUCUGGCUGUAGCAGCCCCUGUUGUACCAACUGUCAUGUGGGCUUUCAGUACUCAGAGAGGAGGAACAGAUCCCAUUUACAAUAUCGGAGCAUUGCUUCGCGGUUGCUGCCUGGUGGCCCUGCACUCUUUACGCCGUACACCCUUCAAUAUUAAAACCUAAAGUCCACUCUGUCCCUGGUCACCAACUGGCUGAGGCAGAGAGAAGAAGGGAUGAGAUAGAUCAUAAAAAGUUAUUGUAUAUUCUGGCAGAGUCCAUAAUUUUGCUUUUUACUAUUUCAUUUGCACUAUAAAUUGGUUUGAAAACAUGUUCCUUCUUUCAAAAUAAAAAA